AUGAUGCUACAUUUUCUUUUUUUUGCUCUUGGGAAAUUAUCCAGUGAAACAAGUGUAGUGGCUGUCGAGUUGAAGAUCGGGAUGCAUUGUGAGAAAUGUGCAAAAAAAUUCAGAAAAGUUGUUUUCAAAUUGGAUGGAGUUCAAGACUGUGUGACUGAUAUAUAUAACCAAAAAGUUAUGGUCGGUGGUGAAUUUAGUAUGGAGAAACUAUUGAAAGUUCUAAAGAAAAAAACUGGUAAAAAGGCGGAGAUUUUGAUCAAGACUGAAAAAUAUGAUGAUCAAUCAGAAGCUGAAACAAUUCCAGAGAAUAAUGAAGAUUCUGAGACAGGCCAACAAGAAGAAGAAAUAAUAGAAAAUAAUGAUAAACAAGAACCAAGAUUAAUGGAAGUCGAGUACAAUAUACCAUUUCCAGACAAGUAUCAGGUGGAUAUCGCAAAAGUUAUGUCCAAAUUCAAAGAGAUGGAUAAAGCAAUGGGAAUAAACAGCAAUCCAGAUAGUGAUGAAGAAAGGGAGAUGCUGGCUAAGUAUAUGAUGCUUAGUGAUGCAAAUCCUAAUAACGCAUGUUCUAUUUCAUAA